AUGACCACUGGCGGCAAGCAAAAAUGGACUGCAAAGACAGUUCGUGACACCUUCUUCGACUAUUUCAAUAAACAAGAACACAGAUAUAUUCGUUCAUCUCCUGUGAUUCCGUAUGACGAUCCUACGCUUCUGUUUGCGAAUGCCGGUAUGAACCAGUACAAACCUAUUUUCCUUGGAACCGUCGAUCCCGCAUCGGACUUCGCUUCUUUAAAACGUGCUUAUAAUUCACAGAAAUGUAUCAGAGCCGGAGGUAAGCAUAAUGAUUUAGAAGACGUUGGAAGAGACUCUUAUCACCACACUUUUUUCGAAAUGUUGGGGAAUUGGUCAUUUGGCGAUUAUUUCAAGAAAGAAGCCAUAGCAUAUGCAUGGGAUUUACUGACAAAGGUCUAUCAAAUCCCACCUGAAAGAUUAUACGUCACUUAUUUCGAAGGUGAUUCUAAACUUGGCCUAGAACCAGAUUUGGAAGCGCUUGAGCUCUGGAAGAAUGUUGGCGUUCCAGAGGAUCAUAUUCUUCCUGGAAAUGCUAAGGACAAUUUUUGGGAAAUGGGUGACCAGGGUCCAUGCGGCCCAUGUUCUGAGAUUCACUACGAUAGAAUUGGCGGCAGAAAUGCUUCAUCAUUGGUUAACCAAGAUGAUCCCGAUGUGUUAGAGGUUUGGAACUUGGUGUUCAUUCAGUUUAACAGGGAGCAAAAUGGAUCUCUAAGACCACUACCCGCUAAACACGUUGAUACAGGUAUGGGAUUCGAACGUUUGGUAUCUGUUUUGCAAGAUUGUAGAUCCAAUUAUGACACUGAUGUUUUCACUCCAUUAUUUGGGAGAAUUCAAGAACUGACUGGUGUUAGGCCAUAUACAGGUAAAUUUGGUUCAGAUGAUGUAGACGGAAUUGACACUGCCUACAGAGUCUUGGCUGAUCAUGUUCGUACUCUGACAUUUGCUUUGGCCGAUGGUGGUGUCCCAAAUAAUGAAGGUAGGGGUUAUGUUUUAAGACGUAUCUUAAGAAGAGGUGCUCGUUAUGUUCGUAAGUACAUGAAUUACCCAAUAGGUAAUUUCUUCUCCUCUCUAUCUCCAACUUUGAUUGAGCAAGUAAAGGAAACUUUUCCAGAAAUUGCAAAAGAUCCUGCCUUUUUGUUUGAAAUUCUUGAUGAAGAGGAAGCUUCAUUCGCCAAAACUUUAGAUCGCGGUGAAAGGCUCUUCGAGAAGUACGCCGAUGCAGCUGCUAAGUCAGGUACCAAAACUCUGGACGGAAAGCAGGUGUGGAGACUAUACGACACGUACGGAUUCCCCGUAGAUUUGACUGAAUUGAUGGCGGAAGAAAAAGAACUAAAAAUCGACACUGCAGGUUUCGAGAAAGCAAAACAAGAAUCUUACGAAGCGUCCAAAAGGGGGGGAAAGAAAGACAAUUCAGAUCUGUUGAAAUUGAACGUUCACGAUAUAUCCGAAUUGAAUGAGGAAAAAGUAGCAAAAACAGACGACAGUUUUAAAUAUGGUACCGAAAAUGUCGAGGCUACUAUUUUGAAAUUGUUUGACGGCAGCAAAUUUGUUAAUCAAAUUACUGAACCUGGAAAGAAAUAUGGUGUUAUUUUGGAUGCGACCUGUUUCUAUGCUGAGCAAGGUGGGCAAGAAUAUGACACGGGUAAGCUUGUUAUUGACGACGUUGCAGAAUUUGAAGUCGAGAACGUUCAGUUGUAUAAUGGAUACGUGUUGCACACCGGAACUUUGGAGGAAGGUAAAUUGUCUGUCGGCGACAAGAUUAUUAAUUCAUAUGAUGAAUUGCGUCGUUUCCCAAUCAGAAACAAUCAUUCCGGUACCCAUAUUUUAAAUCACGCUCUUAAACUUGUUCUGGGGAAUGAUAUUGACCAGAAAGGAUCUCUUGUUGCACCUGAAAAGUUAAGAUUUGAUUUCUCUCACAAAAAAGCUGUUACUGUUGAAGAAUUAAGCAAAGUUGAAGAAAUUUGCAACAAGGAGAUCAAACAAAACCUGGGAGUCUACUACAAAGAAGUUUCUUUGGAUCUUGCCAAAUCCAUUUAUAACGUUCGUGCUGUGUUUGGUGAAACAUAUCCAGACCCUGUCCGCGUCGUUUCCAUCGGCAAACCUAUCGAUGAUCUUUUGGCUAAUCCAUCUAACGAGGAAUGGUCUAAGUACUCCAUUGAAUUUUGUGGUGGUACUCAUGUUGUAAAAACAGGUGACAUCAAGGAGUUUUUGAUUCUAGAAGAAAGUGGUAUUGCUAAAGGUAUCAGAAGAAUUGUUGCUGUAACCGGGUCUGAAGCUUCUGAGGCACAAAGAAUCGCGGAUCGCUUUGCACAGAAAUUAACUGAGGCCGAGAAACUACCUUUUUCACCUGUUAAGGAGAAAACUUUGAAAGAACUUGGUGUGACGCUGGGUCAGCUUUCAAUCUCGACAGUUACCAAAAAUGAACUGAAGAGCAGAUUUACAAAGAUCGACAAAGUUGUGAAAGAUGAAGUAAAAGCCAAAGCAAAGCAAGAAACAAAGAGAGCCUUGGAUGAAGUAAAAGAAUACUUCUCUCAGAAUGAGGCUUCAUCUUUCUUCAUUAAGCAUAUUGACAUAUCAGCAAACCCUAAAGCUAUCACGGAAGCAAUUAAUUACAUAAAGUCUUCUACAAAGGAUAAGUCGAUAUAUCUGUUUACAGGUAAUGAUCCCGAAGGAAAAAUUGCACACGGUUGCUACAUAUCCGAUGAUGCACUCAAGUGCGGCGUUGAUGGACCAUCACUUGGAAAAAUAGUGUCAGCAUCCAUUGGUGGUAAAGCCGGUGGUAAAGGAAACGUUUUUCAAGGAAUGAGUGCAAAAGCAGAUGGUGUUGAAAAAGCAAUUGAUGAGGUGCAAUCUUUAUUCAAAGAAAAGCUGAAUAUUUAG